GACGUUUUUUCCACGUCGCAGUUCUCGUCAUCGGUUGCGUUGCGUGUACGACUCGAGCGAGGCCGGAAAGAUGGCGGCGCCCGUCCUGAGAGUGUCCACCCCUCGAUGGGAAAGAAUAGCCAGGCUCCUUGUUUGCGUAUUGGGCAUAUUGUUGUCUUUAUACGCCUAUCAUGUGGAAACGGAAAAGGCCAGAGACUCGAAUUAUCGGGCCAUGUGUGACGUGAGCAAUUCUAUCAGCUGUUCAAAAGUCUUCACCUCCAGGUGGGGCCGAGGAUUUGGACUGCUGGGCUCAAUCUUCGGAAUCGACAGUGCAAUGAACCAGCCAAACAGUGUCUAUGGAAUUUUCUUUUAUAUCUUUCAACUGUUACUAGGAAUCACAGUGAGUGCGAUGGCUGCCCUGAUCGUCAUGACGACAUCCAUCCUAUCGGUGAUGGGCUCGCUCUACCUGGGCUACAUCCUCUACUUCGUCCUCAAGGACUUCUGCAUCAUCUGCAUCACCACAUACGCACUGAACUUCAUUCUCUUUAUGCUCAACUACAAGCGACUGGUUUACUUGAAUGAGGCCUGGAAGCAGCAGGUUCCAGCCAAACAGGACUAAGAUGGGUUGUAAAAAAGAACAGUAGGCAAGUGAAAAAUAGAACAAACAAAAAAUGAAAUGUGACCUCUUGAACAGAACAUUUUGACUUGCCACCAGGAGACCUUACUUCCAAAACCAAUGUUUAUUCUGCUGUGUGUUAUAAAAAAGAAACCAGAAGAUUACCUUAGAAUUUUUUGGGGGGGCCAGACAUCUCUCAAGUUCAUUGUUGCAUAUGUGAUGGAAGGAUAAAAUAAAAAGAAGAGGGAGAAUUUGUUUCUUAAAAAAAAAAUAGGGUAGUGAUGAAUAGGGUUAUGGGGCUGAAAACACAUUCAAUCCAAGCAAGCAGGGAAGCAACGGCAGAAUGCCAGUCUUCACUAUGGAAGAUGGGAGGACAGGACAGGACACCCUUCUCCUGAACCAGAAGGACCAGAACAUGGAAGAAAACUGGGACUUAUAGGAAGGUGUUUACUUGAAAUAAAUGGGAAGGUCCUGUUCCUGCACAGCUGACCGGGUCCGGAAGCUAGCUGUAAACAUUACUACAACCUGAGCGGAACUGAAAAAUGGGUCAGAAUACAAAAUGCAUGGUCAUGGGGCGAACAAUCAUACAGUUCACAGCAGCAGCUUUGAUUCCAUGAGGAGAGAGAAACAGAUGAACAACAAACACCACACAAGAGUUGUUUUAUGUUUACACUUUACAGCAAUUUUGUUUUGUCUUUUGAAAAGGACCACUAAUAUGAAACAUUUGAGAUUGUGUGUAAUUCAGUCAGAUUGUGUUUUUGUUUUCUUUUAGAGAUUCUGUAAAUAGGUGCUGAGCAGUAUUCCAGGCUAGAUUGUGAUUUAGUGUUAAUGUAGACUUUUAAGUAAAAAAAAAAAUCAAAUAAUUGAAUCACAAGAUGAGGAACAAAAAAGUAACCGAAAUCAAGUCGUGGGUGAAUUGAGUCUGCAUGAAGAUCUGUUUUGCAGUCAGUCAGUGUGGGACACCUUAAGUUCCUACAAUCCCAAGCGAGACAUGCUGCUCUAGGUUGCGUGGUGAGUCAAGUCAAGUGCUCACUGAUCAGUUUCUUUCAUCUCUUUCUCAGUCGCUCUCACCGAGGUCCCAAGGCAUCUGAUAAGCCCUUCCUCAGUGUUCCACUAUUUACACUGGAAAACAAGGUCCGGGUAGUCCCAGCUGUUUCAUUUAGAUUUCUUACGUUUGGUGCCUAAUGAACAUGGCCCUAGUUAAUUUCUCCUCUGCCCAGACUACUUACUCUCCAUAAUGGCACCUUCACUGUCUUGUCUUUAUUACGUGUGAUAAGCAUUCCUGACACCACACGCUACUGUAGGAGUGGGAUCCAUGAAGACUUAUGUGCCUAAAAGAGGUGUGAAGUGAAUGACCUUUAUUUUGUUGGGAGGAGGGAUAUGUAAUGUAUCACUACUUUUUGCUCAUUCUCACAAUUGUUACAUUUUAUUUUAUCAAUAACUGAAUUGUGUACUUAAAUGCUUUGUUAGUGUCUCACCCCUCUCCUGUAUAUUCUAAUGGUAAUGUAGCACAGGCGGCUAAACACGCAAUGAUUGUCUGUCCGCUCAAUGGUGUUGAUAGUAGUAGGCAGUUUUGUUCAUAAAAAAAAGCUCUUAAGCCAUUUUUGUAGGUUACUGUUGUUGGUUGAGAAAUAAGGUUCAUUGUCUCUCAAUGGUACAACAGCACUGUUUGUGGGGAAGGAAACCACACAGUACUCAGUGUCCUUGCCUCUACCUCUCAGUAUUUCCCACGGUGUGUGGAACAACCCAAGCCAGUUGGAACGUCCAGAACCAGCGCCAAGGGAAGCAGACGAGCUGAUGGAUCAGCUUAAAGCCAUUCAACCCCAAAUAAUAUUGUACUUGUUUUGUGAGGUUGCUUUCAAAUGCAACAUCCCCUGGCUCACAUUGAACAACCUCAUUGAUACGGUUUUAGAUGGGCCCUUAUCUUCGCUACGUGUUAUAUGGCAGAUUGUUACACAAGUCGGUUACUCACUGUGUCUGUUGGCACUGUCAGCCAUCAACAAACUACAAUAGCAAUCGUUGCUACAGUAGUUCAGUGCUGUUGGGACAUAAACCCAUGUUACUAUGGAAUUAUUUGUGAGACUUGAUUAAUAGUCCCACAAUUCAAGAGAGGUGGGUGGAAUAUGUUUAGCUUAUUAAAUCACAAGUCAAAGUCCCUAAAAGAAGCUUACAAACAGUGUUCCUAACCUGUUAGAUAAGGAGUCACCACAUUUGACGUAUGUUUUUGUCAAAUUAAAAUAAUUGAAUAAAGUCAAUAGAAACAGCUAAAUGCAUAAUAUUCCCUCAGCUAAUCCUGAUCAGUGUCCUGUUUCAUAAAGUGUUGAGUGAAUUCUAAAAGGUCCCAAGAUUUAGAGUGAAGACGGUCAUGUUCGCUGCAUCAACAAAAGCCAUCAAAAGUGCCUUCUGUUGGCUAGUUGGCAAGAGCACAAGCAGAUCUGAGACCAGGCUACUCCAUAGACCUUGUGGGUAGAAAUGACCCACCAAAAAGCCCGUCUUGUAUCUAAACGGUCAUUGUUUUUUUUGUUUUUUUUACCCAAUUCUCUUAACUAUAUUUUCAGUACAUGAAUCUUUAAAAAAUGUUAUCUUUAAUUUCUCUGUUAUUGGAGAUGGGCACUUUUUUUUGUUUCUGAAAAAAAUAUAUUCAUUGUCCGAAUUACAAUAUUGUAAAGUUCUUAUUUCUUUCUCUGACUGUGACUUAGUGAAAUAAUAGUUAUUUCUUCCCUAAUGUUGUAUAAAUGGACUCCAUUAGUAACUACACCCUUUAGCUGUAGAGUUAACAUUAUGGGUUAUUUUAGUAGGAAAAAAGGAUUGGAGGUCUAGGAAUCCAUGUCAUCACAUUUCUUUGUGGGAGAAAGACUAGGUUUGCUUUUGUAUUUGCCAAAUAUUAAGUUGAAAAAAAUGCUGUAUUUUCUUACAUGGAACAAGUGUUACGUGAAUGGUUGAUGAGAUGGGUGCAAAGAAACAAUCGGAUGAAAUUCUGUAUUUGCUUCCCUUGUGAGAAACUGUUGCGGAAGUUGACACGAGUGAACAUUUUAAUUGUGUCAUUGUUGUGUGGAAAUGUCUACCAUUAAAACAUUCCUUCUGAA